AUGAAAGCUGUUGUAUCUACCGGGAAGGCGUACUUCUGUACAAUCUUGUCGUCAUUUGCCGUUGUCAUUUUGUCCUUUAUUGGCUAUCUUUUCAACAUCGGCCAUGAAUCCAUGAUGGGUUCAACUGAAGACCCUGAGGAUGGUAAGGCUGUUGCCAAGACCGUCUUUGGUGCUGUAUUUGUAUAUUUGGCAUUCCUUGUGUUUUGCGGUUUGCAAGUCGUAUUGAUUCAAAGACAGAACCGAAUCCAGUUGAGCUGA